AUGUGGAUCGCCGGCGUGGAAUGUCCUUUUAAUGGACUUGCCACUCUCACACUGCGCCGCAUCCUUUCGCCUUUUAACUCGUGUUCCGCGCUGUUUGAUUGCCGUGAAUUGCUGUCUGCAGGAUUUUCAUCCUUUCCGACAGUGUGUUUUGUUCCAUCGACGCAGAUGUCGUAUAUUCUCCGUCGUCCUGCCGGGCAAUUAUGGCCGGUAACAACAGCUGACCAGAUGGCAGUGGCUGAGAAGGUGAAAAGAACAUAUAAAUCGUCCUGCCCUACAAUUUCCACCCCAGGACAUGUACCACUCUCGAGGACCAUUCACCAUUUUGGGCGCAUUAAAAAUUCCAAACGCAUCGAGUUCCCGACGGCUCAUUGGAGAAGUGAGAAAAGGGAGACCGGAGAACAGAGAACCGAGAGCCAAGAAGGCAGGAGAAAGAGCGCCUCCGCCUCGAAAUUCUCACUCAAACUCAAACUGGCAGAGGCCAAGCCCAUUUUCCUGUUCAUGCUGCUGACGUCGACGACCGAUUUUAGUGGUGUUUUUGCGUUGAUGAAAUGCCGGACUGAAUUUUUUUUGUGGCUGCUCGUUCAACCACCGAGCCACAUUUCCAGUUUCGACUCGCAGCGGCGCAGACGUCGCUUGACUUCACCGGAUGAGCGAUUUCUUAAAAAAAAAACCCGAGGAAAGAAUUCAAAAAAAACACAUUAACACGUCUCCAUUGCACUGGGAUGGCUUCAUCUUCUUUAUACUAUAUGCCAUAUGCCUUGGGAUGUCAGUGCUGUACUUGUGACUUCGAGUCACACCCGCUCCUUGGGUGAUUUACUACAAGCAGAUGAUUUAAUAUAACCGCAUAUAUGGCACAUUUAGCAUAAAGACACACGCACACACCCGAGCAGAGUGCACUUCAGAUGCAUUCGAAACAGGAACCCGUUGAACAGGCCCAGAUACAGAUAUGGAUUCAGAUACAGAUACUUAUACUUGGACCGAUUCUGAAGCGCACACAUGUUGCCUCUGAUGCGUCCGUUCUUGGAGGAAACUCGGUCUCGGCAGUUUAGGUUCCACCAUCUUGAAAAUCGACGCCCCUAGGAAACGGUUCCAAACUUGAGAUUAGGGUUGGGAAAUGGGAUCAGACGGGCAUAUUUUCUAAGGGAAUUAUGUAAGAGGGAAUGUUUUUUAAGUAUAUAUUACAUUAAUUUAUAAAAUAUUCCUCUGACAAUAAAACAAAAUUACCAACGAUGA